AUGUUGGAGACGUGGAUGGAGAAAAAAGGUUGGGAGAAGAUGAGGGAGAGAUUGCCAAAGGAAUAUAGGUGGGAGGUGCAGUGGGCGGAAAGGAGGAAUAGGAAGGGAAGAGCAAAGGGAGGAAUGAUGAUGGGGAUAAGGAAAGGGAUAAGGGUGGUGGGGGAUAGGAAGGAGAAUGGGGAGGGGAUAAUGAUGAGGACGGUGGAAAUAGGAAGAGAGGAAUGGAGAAUUGUGGGGGUAUAUGUUAAUGGGAAUAUGGAGAGCAAGUGGGAAGAGAUUAGGGGAUGGGCAGAGGAAAAGGGGGUGAGGACGAUAAUGGGAGGAGAUUUCAAUGCAAGGACAGGGGAACUUGGAGGGUGGUGGGAGGGAGGGGAUGUAAGAAGGGAAGAGGAUGAAAGGAAAUCGAGGGAUAAAAGGGUAAAUAGGGAAGGUAGGAUAUUGAUUGAGAAGUUGGAGGAAGUAGGAUGGUUUAUUUUUAACGGAUGUGGAAAAGGAGAUGAGGAGGGAAUGUGGACGUACUCGGGGGGGUGGGGAGAAUCGGUGAUAGAUUAUGUGGUAGGGAAUGAGGAGGUGUGGGAAAGAAUAGUAAGAAUGGAGGUACAGGACAGGGUAGAGUCGGACCACAUGCCGGUGGUGGUUGUCGCUGCUUUGCACCCCGUGGAAAGAAACGCGGAACGGGAGUCGUCGUAUCCGCAUUACGCAACGGUGCUCGAGUUCGCGGGUAUCGAGUUUCCUAUGACUCUGAAGGACAUUACGAAAUUCGAACGUGCGAACGACGUGUCGAUAAACGUGUACUGUAUCGAGAAGGAGGGGGGUGAACUAUCUGAUCCCAGCAGCAUCGGCCACUUCGCGUGGAUAAAAAAUUUGUUCCGCCUCGUGAGCUCUCAACUCAGCAAGAAGCAACACAAGAAUUUCUUCUGCGACCGAUGCCUACAUUACUUCAGCUCGCAGGAACGACUGGAUGCCCACACCGUGGACUGCAACGAGUUGAACGAGUGUGCGGUAGAGUUGCCUAAAGAAGACCCGAAAUGGCUAACGUUCGGCAAACACGGCAACAAGGAUAUUAUUCCGUUCGUCCUGUACGCCGACCUGGAAUGCGUUCUGGAAAAGAUGGACCCGAAUCUGCCUGAGUCUCAACACCACAAGGUACACAGUAUCGGAUACUACGUGCACUGCUCGUACGACGACGCGCUAUCAAUGUAUCGGUGUCGUCGCGAUAAGGAUUGCGUCGCGUGGUUCGUCGAGGAAUUCAAAGAAUUGGCGCACAAAGUAAAGUCCGCUCCAUCCGUUAACGUUCCGAUGGCGGAAUUGACGCGCGACGAAUGCGAAAGAUAUAACAACGCUACACACUGUCGCACAUGCGAAAAACCGUUUGCGGCGGAAGACACACAGGUACGGGAUCACUGCCACAUGACCGGACGAUACAGAGGUCCCGCGCAUUCCAACUGCAAUUUGAACUACAAAAAUUUGCGUUGCAUUCCCGUGGUGUUUCACAAUCUAUUCGGUUACGACGCGCAUUUCAUUAUUAAGGAAGUAGCUAUCGCAUACGAGGGAUACGUAAACCUACUUCCGGUAACGAAAGAGAAUUCGAAUCUCGAGAAAUUGGCAUCUUAUCUUGAGAAAGAUAAACUACGAAUAAUGCAACGCGAUUUUUGUACUCUACCAGUGAAACAUUUCGAGCUCCUCACUAGAAAAGGCGUAUUUCCGUACGAGUACGUCGACCACUUUGAAAAGUUGGAGGAUACGCGUUUACCGCCGCGCGUAUCGUUUCACAGUUCGUUAACGGGCGACACCGUGUCCGAGAGCGAUUACGAGCACGCCGUUGACGUAUGGCAACGGUUCUCCAUUGGAACGCUCGGCGAGUACAGCGAUCUGUACCUGAAAACGGACGUCCUGUUGCUCGCGGACGUUUUUGAAAAUUUUCGCGACAGCUGCGUCGCGAGUUACGGACUCGAUCCCGCGCAUUAUUUUACGUUGCCGGGUUUCACGUGGGACGCCAUGCUGAAACACAUGCGUGUAAAUUUCGAACUGCUCACCGACAUCGAUAUGGUCUUGUUUAUCGAGCGCGGUAUACGCGAUGGCUUCAGUCAAUGUUCCAACAGAUACGCGCGGGCCAACAAUAAGUACAUGUCUGCGUACGACCCGUCGAAACCGUCGUCGUACCUAAUUUACUACGACGUGAACAAUUCGUACGGCUAG